ACAUUCACCCAACCGGGAUAUUGUUCUUUGUUAACUUUAGGCUCCAUCAAUCUAAUUGAAAAUCAAUGAAAUCAAUUUUUGCCAUCAAAUUAUGUUUGCUUGGCGACUAUCCUUGAUCCAUUGUGACAUUCCGUUCCGCUGUUCCGCUGUCGUUACUCAAAUUAACACCUGUUUCGAGCGUGACAAUUAGUCUGCGUCGGUGCCCUUACACUAUUGCGACCGCCGCGUUAUGGUGGAUUUUGAUGUUAUUGUCCGAACCGUCGGUCACCGGCUGCGCGGGAGUUAUUACAACAAAUGUAACACCCACUCGCCGCUCACGUAACCGCGCCUCCCAAAUCUAUUGUUGACGUUCGUUUAACAUUAGUUUAUAAUUAUGUUACGUAUCCGGACACAGGAAGUACUUUACUUAUUUUCUAUUUCCAAUUAAAUAUAAACGAAGAAUAACGUUUUGGCUUAUUUUAUUUGUCACUAUCGAGUGUUUAAAUGAUAUAACGGGUGUUCGUACCUAAAGCUGUGUAAAAUAGAGUGGCAUUAGCAAAAAGACGAUUGUUGAUCGCUGGUUGCGCUUGCGCACAUUGCGAUAUAAGUGUGCGGAGGGAGCCGCGCCGCUGCAGUGCCGCUCCCACUGUCUCGACACAACGUCGCCCAACAUGGGGAGAAAGGCAAUAUUAGCGGUCGUGUGUUGGCUGACCAUAAGCCAGGCCUUUGGUGACAAAGGCAAAGCUGCGCAGUUAGCAGCAGUCAAAGACAAUGAGAGUGCCGAGAGUGCCCCGCGCCUGUACCGUAACGUUCCUCUCGGAGUGUAUGCCAGUGCCGCGCCCUACGCCUCCUACUCGUUCCACCUGCCGCAGUUCCUCCCUGUGCCCAACGCUGCUGCCUCGCAACUCGCCCCGGUGCAGCAGAAGCCAGUGAAUAAAAAUGUAAACACAUAUUUAAUGGACUCCUAUGGAAACAGAUACUUCGAAGGCCCCCAGCAAGCUCCGUACAAGGCUGCAUUCCCUCAGCAGUAUGUGUCGCUUCAGCCGAAAUUGCCGGAACAUUUGGCCCAACCAUUAGUCGCUGCGUCGCCCAACUUUCAAUUCAAGCAGUCAGCUCCUCAAGUGUUCUUUGGUGCGCCCUUCAGAGUCCCGGCUCUCCAGAGUCCGGCCCCGACUCCACUCAACCAAUUUCCUAGUUUCGGACAUUUAAUGUAUGCGGGGAAUGUUCAAAGUUUAGCGCCAAUUUCAAAUACUCACAAUAACGGCUUUAGAGUUCCAAACGCACAGCAACAGUCGACAAACAACAAAGCCGUGUUCUCCAAUACACAGCCGCAUGAGCAAUACAGCAAUUUGAAAAAUCAACCGACGUUCCAAAGGCAGCAAGAAUUACCUGAUGUCAUUGUUGGCAAACCUAAGAUCCAAAACGUCCAGGAAAAAGGGCCUGUGUCGCAUGAUGAACCAAAGUUUCAGCGCAUCCAAGAAAUUCCCCACGGUGCUCAUGGUGAGGUGAAGUUCCAACGUAUUCAAGAAAAACCCAAUAGUGACAGUAGUGAAUCCAAGCAUCAACAAGUACACGACAUCUCACAUUCCUCCUAUGAACAUCCGAAGUUCGAACGUAUUGAAGAGAGCAGUCCACAUGCGUCACAUGAGGAAGAGAAAUCACAUCGUAUACAUGAAAUACCUCACGAGGAACACGGAGGGCCGAAAUACCAAAGAUUCCAAGAGUCACCUGAAGUGGUCCACGUCGAACAUAGUUAUGAACCACGACAAGAAGCACCAAAGCCUGUGGAGAAAAAAGCGUCCGGAACCAAAGCUCGGUUACAAUCAGCUCCCGCCAAACAAACGACUAUCACUUAUGUUAACGAGUUCAACGGAAAGAAAAAUAUAGUGAAAGUGCAAAGUGAUCUCUUAGACUUAACUCUUCUUGAGCCUCUGACGUUUGCCAACCCUCUGGUACCUCAAGUGCAACACUUUUUGCCGAGAAUUAACCAGGCAACGUACCAAAAAUUGCCGCAACCUAAUAUCGGUGACGUCAAAAAUUAUCAGAAAGAGUUUGUGGUACAAAAGACAAUGUCUUAUGAUAGCGGGAACAUCAAUAAGCCACAGAAGCAAGCAAAUAAGAAGAAGAGAGAAGAAACAAACAUACAAAAGCAAGAGAAUGAUGCUCCGAAGAAAACAGUCACGCAUCACGAGACUCUUGAUGAUGCUCCAGAAAUUGUAUAUGAAAUCAAUGCACCUGGGCAUAAAGAAACGAUCAGUGAAAAAACAAUCAGCUAUAACAAGGAAACACAGUCGGAACCAGUACAUUAUAGCUAUGGUUCUAAAUCUCAGAAAGAGCCCGUUACGUACAGUUUCAGUCGAUCAUCAAAGGAACCACUACAAAUAAAGGAAGUUCAUUAUCAUGGUAACGGUCCGAUGCACCUCGUGUAUAAUUUCAAACCUGAGGAACAGCACCAUCAGCAUCAUCAACAGGAAGAACAACACCACCAGCACACUAACGAACCACACGGUGAUGGAGAGAAUCACAAACAUCAUGAAUCAUCUCAUGAGUCCGAAAAUAGCGGUCCAGCACAUCAUCAUCAUCACCAGCAUACAGAUAAUUAUAAAGAUCACCCCAAAUCUUCUGAGGAGCAUCACGAACCAUCUCACAAAGAACAAGAACACCACCGAGGUGCGAGUCACGAAAAUCAACAUGAGCCCGUGCAUACAAAUCAACCAAAAUAUUACCCCGGCUCAGGUCAAACCAAAAUACACUUCGAUUACGAACCCAUUACUCAGGAAUACGAAGAAGAUAUACGUUUGCUCGCUAAUGCACAAAUUAAAGUAGAUCCCAGUCAACAUGUGCAGCCAAAGUCUAAGGAACGUGAGCAGUCUCCUCAGGAGGACGAGCAGUCUCACCCACCGCACAGACAUCAUCACUCCUCACACGAGAAGCACUCGCAUCAGUCAGCACCGCAACAAUCGCACCAGCACUACUCACCUCCACAGUCAGGCACGUACCACGGCCCCGCAGCACAUGUCAUGGAGAAAUCUAAACGCAUCAUAAUCCACGACGAAUCGCCUGAUGAAAUGCACAUGCACCAAGAACAAAUGAAAGAGGAAGUCAUUGACCGAGAAGAAAAUAAUGAAGAGGACUUUGAAAAGGCGUACAAAAAUGCUGCGAUUGGUUUCCCCGCAUACACCAACGAGGCCUUAGAAGCUGCAGAAAAGGAUAUUUUCGAUCCCGAAAGUUAUGGUGUUCCUCCCGACCACGUGGAGUAUAACAUUGAACACACCCCUUUCCAACAAUAUCAAGAAGAUGGCGACGAAUUCCCAAAAGAAGCGCGCUCGAGCUACAAAGACUCAAGAGAUAAAAUGAAAGAAAACUACUACACAGAUUACUCAAUUAGUAAGCCAGAAAGUUUACUCGAUCGAUACCAAAAUAAACUAGGCUAUUACAAGUUAUAUAAACAACAAAAGCCUGAUUAUUAUGUGUCCGACGAAAAAGAAGAAGAUAAGAAAAAACAAAAACCAAAGUUCGCUAAGUACUCGGUGGCGCCUACGUUUGGCUUUCCCAAAAAAAAGGAGGAGAAAACAGAAUCUUUUUACGGUAGCCACAAACCCAAGCAACAGUUAUACGAGUACGAUUAUUCUAAGGGAGCGCCGCGCGACAGUUCAGCGUUCGCAUCGCGGCCCUUUCAAAGGUAUAGAAGCAAGACAAACUUCGUAGAGCCGCAGUUCCAGUACGGGUUCGAGCCGAUCACGAUACCAAAGCUUCUCGACAGCGAGCUCGCCGCGAUGGCGAGCAGCCAUAAUCCCGAAAGUGAAAAGCCGGGCAUGAGGAAGAAAGUCUACAAAGAAAACUGGUACAUAAAGAAAACGAGUACAGCCGCUGGGGCGCCGGCUAGCUGAUAAGACUUAUUUAUUAUUGUGUUAAGUUUACCUUGUUAUAAUAGUAAAUUAAUAAAUUGUUAAUUAUUUAAACUCUGUUUUUAUCUCAGAUUAAGACAGUUAAACGCAUAAAAACUCUUUGACUGAAUUAUUUCUCAGUGUUACAUAAUUAAACUUUCGCUAUCUACCAAUAUAUUACGUGACACUAGCAGUUUUUUGUGGCGAUUCUCGUUGUCCACCGGUUAACAAAAAAACUAUUUUGCUCUAGUCUGCAAAAUCAUUCACCGUGGAUAAAGCAAAAAGAUCUGAGUUCAAUUUUGCAUGCUAUCUGUAUUCAGACAAUAUCGACUGCAACACUUAACAAACGCAUAGUUUCUCCUUCAUUGCAAUAGUUAAAACAACGGCGAUAGGUAAAACAGAUCAGUUGCUCAUAAUCAUAUGAUUGUUUAUAAUAAAAAGCGUUAUUGCAUCCUAUUCGUUCCGUUUCCGGUGAUUGCAAUGUGUUGAUUCUAGCUUGAUUUCCUCGAUCGGAACCGACGCUACAAUCAUCACGCGAUCAGCGGUGAUGUGGGCACGCUACUAUACGUUUUUUACCGUCAAGAGCAGAGCACAAGUGCAAGUGCAAACCGCCGAGAAACGCACGCAUGCACGAUGCUGACAUAAUGCGCUUCUGAAUUGAACUUAAUUUUAUGCAAUAUGCUGAAAUAAACUCAAAGUGAUACUGAAAUCAGCCUAGUCUUAGAUAUUGCAAACAAUUAUUUUAGUAACAAAAACUGUUUUGCCAAAAAACGUGCUCAUUUAAAAUAUAAUUUGCGGCAUUUAGUUUCAGUUUAGUUAGGAUUAGAGAUCUAAAGGAAGGAGAUACAGGCGUAGUUUCAUCAAAAUAUAUUCAUGGAAAAAACAAUAUAUUUCGAAAAGUUGAUAAAAAAGGAGAUAUACCGAAGUACCUUGGACUGUUGAGCAACUUUCGAUUAAACGCUGACAAGUUGCAGACGCUAAAACGUUAAGAAAUAGACAAAAUGAUUGCUUCGGAUACU